GAGGCAGUGCAGGAAGCGGAGGCAGUGCAGGAACUGGAGGCACUGCAGGAAGCGGAGGCAGUGCAGGAACUGGAGGUACUGCAGGAAGCGGAGGAAGCGGAGGCAGUGCAGGGACCGGAGGCACUGCAGGAAGCGGAGGCAGUGCAGGAACUGGAGGCACGGCAGGAAGCGGAGGCAGUGCAGGAACUGGAGGUACUGCAGGAAGCGGAGGAAGCGGAGGCAGUGCAGGGACCGGAGGCACUGCAGGAAGCGGAGGCAGAAGCGGAGGCAGUGCAGGAACUGGAGGCACUGCAGGAAGCGGAGGCAGUGCAGGAAGCGGAGGCAGUGCAGGAACUGGAGGCACUGCAGGAAGCGGAGGCAGUGCAGGGACCGGAGGCAGUGCAGGAACUGGAGGCACUGCAGGAAGCGGAGGCAGUGCAGGAACUGGAGGCACUGCAGGAAGCAAUGCAGGCAACCAAACACAAAAUGAAGAUAAGUGCAAAGACAGUAAUACGAACUGUGUCAAAUAUGCAGCACUGGGAUUAUGCAGCAAUGCGAGGACCACUGCGCAAAUGCGUGUUGGUUGCAAAGGGUCAUGUGGCGUUGGUAAAGAAUGCUGUAAAGAUAAGGUCUCGGAUUGCACUAGAGCAAGCUGCUCAGAAACUAACUGGCCGAACUGCGUGA